AAGUAUUAGCUUUUAGAUCUCCUAUCUAGGGGGGAUUCUGUUAGGGGCCGGCGCCUAAAAGGUCAGGGCCUUUGUAAUCAAUUGGCAAGCAAGAAGUAAUAAAGAGUAUUUACUUUCAGCUUCCCUUAGUCCCUUCUCUCAUCCUCUUCACCACGGCACCCCCGGAACGGCACCCAGGCGGCGUGCCCUUGCUCAGCAACAUCAUCCCUACAACCUGAGAAGCUCAAGCCGUACCAAUCUGGUAUCGGAGAUGUCCGGGACAGAGAUGGCACCCGCCUCCAAUGGCGCCCCAGCCAACAUGGAUCCACCGCCCGCUGCUCCUCAACCCAGCGAUGUGGGGGACUUGAAGAUGAUGAUGGUCGACUUCCACCGGCAGAUGGUGCAGCAGAUGUCUUCUUUGUCCACACGCAUGACAGCCCUGGAGAAUGCAGCAUCUGUUAAGGCCCAUUAAGGCCCAUAUAUUAUGGUCUGCCUAUAUAUAUGCUACAGUACCCAAGGGGGCUAUUAUCUCAUCUAAUCAAGGUUAGUUACAUGGUAUCAGAGGAGGUCACGAUUAGGGUUUCUUAGAUUUUUUUUCCAGCCACCAUCUCUCCUUCCGGCCGCCGUCGCGGUCCCCUUUGCCGCCGUCGCGGUCUUCUCCGCCGCCGUCGCGGCCCUACCGCCUGCGGUCUCAUCUGCGCGGAUCCCGCCCGCUGCCGCCCUGAUCCGGCCACCGCCCGUUUGCUGGAUCCCGUCGCUGCGAGCUCGUCUGCGCCGCCGCCGCCCAGAUCCGGCCGCCGCCCGUUCGCCGCCCUCGUCCAGAUCCGCGCCGCCGCUGCCCAGAUCCGGCCGCCGCCCGUUCGCUGGACUGCGAGCUCGUCUGCGCUGCCCUCGUCCAGAUCCGCGCCGCUGCCCAUCCGCCGUCGCCGAUCUCGUCCAGUUCCGCGGCCAUCCUCGCGGAUCCUGGCUGCUGCCCAUCCGCCGUCGCGGAUCUACCCUUCCUGGCCGCCGCUGUCCACUGCUGUCCGCCCCUGGUCGCCGUGCCUGCUGCGCCAGGGCGCAGUUCCCAGCAGUGCUGUCCACUGCUGUCCGCCGUGCCUGCUGCGCCAGGGUGCAGUUCCCAGCAGUGCUGCGCCAGGCUGCCGUUCCCAGCAGUGCUGCGCCACGCUGCUGUCCUUCGUCGUCCGCCUACUGCGCCCUGUAGCCGUCCGCCUGCAGCACACCGCAACAGUCUGCGGAUCCGGAUCUGCGUCGUCGUCAACUGCACCCUGCCUCGUCGCCAUCUGCGCCGUGCGCCGGUGGCUGCCAUUGCGGGCAGACUGAUCAACUCGGCUUCCGCGACCAAGACCUUCGUCAACUCGUCCAACUCGGACUGCUGUCAGCUGCGGUUCCUCUGGUUUGCUUGGUUUCCAGUCUCCUGUUCUUCCUUUUUUCAUUGAAUUCAACAUGACGACAAAUGCUAUUGUGGUCAAUAUCACUCUUGAUGGACACAAUUAUCCGGAGUGGGCUUUCUGUGUUGAGACUGCACUCAGAGGACAUGGAUUACUCUUUCAUUUGACUGAUGCGGCACCCAUACUUGCGGAUGAUCGUCGCAAUGCUGCUGAUAUCAAAACAUGGCAGCUUAAUGAUGGUAAAGUGAUGGCUGCUAUGGUGAACAGCGUCAAACCGUCUAUGAUUAUGAGUUUGUCUAAAUUUAAAACUGCCAAAGCCAUCUGGUCUCAUUUGAAGGAGCGUUUUGUUCAGGACAGUGGUGCUCUAUUACACACUCUCAUGCAGCAGACACAUGUUAUUGAGCAAAAUGAUAUGAGCAUUGAUGAGUACUACUCAGCCUUUGAUCGUCUGAUGAGUGCUUUGACAUCUAUGGUGCCAGCUUGUACUGCUGAUCCGUGUCCUGCUCAUCAGUUUAUUGACAAGUUCUUCACUUACAGAUUUGUUAUGGGCGUUCGGGCCGAGUUUGAUUCUCUUCGUGCUCGUUUACUUCAGGGUUCUGACACUCUCACAAUGGCUAAGGCGUUGUCUGAUUUACUUGCUGAAGAGACUCGUCUUCAUUCUCUGUCCUCUACUGGUGGUAAUCCUCACAGUGUGUUGGCUGCUGCCCAGAAACCUAAGAAUAUUUUUAAGCCUUGUGAUCAUUGUGGCAAGACCAAUCAUCGAUCUGAGCUUUGCUUUGUCAAGUUCCCUGAUAAGUUGACUGAUUUCCGUGCACGGCGUGCUGCUCGCGGUCGUGGUCAAGGACCAUCUAAUAGAGGCUCAGUUGCUGUUGCUGCCACUUCGUCCGCCUGUACUUCAGAGUCGGCCUGGGUACUUGAUUCAGGAGCUUCCUUUCAUGUCACAUCUGAUCAGUCAAAGUUGGCUUCUACUACACCUGUCACAGAUGGUGCUUCAGUGCAGACAGCUGAUGGACCUUCGCACAGGGGAAGUGAUUGGGACUGGCCGUCGCCGUAGAGCUGCUCCUCGCCUCUACAUCUUGGACUCUUUGCGGCUUCCUUCUUUGGCUACAUCUCCAGCGCAUAUGCUUUCAGCUACCCUUGCUUCUGUUGCGUCUUUUGCCCAGUGGCAUCAUCGUCUAGGUCAUUUGUGUGGAUCUAGAUUGUCUACACUAAUAAAGUCAGGUUGCUUAGGUCAUACUUCGGUUGAGUCUGAUUUUCAUUGUAAGGGUUGUCAUCUUGGAAAACAAAUACAACUUCCAUAUUUUACUAGUAAUUCUCAUUCUGUUAAACCCUUUGAUUUGGUUCACUCUGAUAUUUGGGGUCCUGCACCUUUUGUGUCAAAAGGUGGAUAUAAAUAUUAUGUCAUUUUUAUUGAUGAUCAUUCUCGCUACACUUGGAUUUAUUUUA